UGUACUACGCUUUUGUCGAGCUAUACAACAUACCUAUCAGUAUCUCACAAAUAUUCCAAGGGUAUGUAGGACCGAAUUCAAUAGCAGACCAUGUCCACGGCAAACCGUACACACGUAUGACGCCUUACCUUGUGGGAAUGCUGAUUGCAUAUCUAAUCGUGAAAUAUGGCAAAAACGUGAAAAUCAACAAAGUUGUAAGUGCUAUAUGUUGGCCGAUGUCUAUAUUUGUAGGCCUGGCAGUUGUUUACGGGUUAUAUUGGUCAUACCAAGGACACGUGCUAUCAACAGCCGAAACACUACUGUACCAUUCUUGUAGUAAAUUCGGCUACUCUGUCGCCCUCGGUUGGAUGGUUUACGCAUGUCUGACGGGAAACGCUGUUGCGAUUGAAAUGAUAUUAAGCUGGAAGGUAUGGAGAGUAUUGGACAGAAUGACAUUUAGUGUAUACUUAAUGCACGCCUUCGCCUUCAACGUUUACGUAAUGAAUAAUGACGUACUAAUGCAUCUCGGCUUUGUUACUAUGAUGUACAGCUUUAUUGCACAUUUGGCAUUUUCCUAUCUCGCGGGAUAUAUAUUUUGCUUGGUGGUGGAGCUCCCGUUUACGCGGGUCGAACGAGUGUUGUAUAAUUUAUGGAGCCGACCCACGGACACCGCGCCUGGUUCAGAUGAAAGCUGCAAUGAAGACGUUGGCAUUGAUCUUCAACAUUCGGGGGAUUAGAGUUACACGGUCAAACUUUGGAUUGCAUAAUAUCUUCUACAACAAUGUUUCGUAACAUUCAUACGACAUUAGUAGCGCAUAUGUAAUAACAAUUCAAGUUUAAAAAAUGUUGUAUAAUUUA